AUGAGGGCAAGAGAAGACCGUCAGGCAGAGGCACCUGACGAGAGAGCGUUGAGGCAGAGGUUAGAUGCGGACCGGAAAAGAGUUGCCCGUGCUGGAGAGACGGAGGCUGAACAUGAAGCUAGGCUGCUCGAUCAGCGAAUCAGGCAGCAACUCCUUAGGCAGGAACAGACUGAAGAAGACAAUCGUGCUCGACUGUCGGCAGAGGAAGAGCGGACAGCAGUUCUCAGGCACGAAGAAGAAAACCGUAUUCGAUUGGAAGAAGAGGCAGAGCGGCAAGCUGGCCUACUUCAAGUAGAAGAAAAUCGUCAGAAGAAAAUCGAGCUCGAUUGCAGGCGGAGGUGGAGCGGCAAGCUGCCCUUCAGACCAUCAUCUGAUCGCCCAAGAGUUGUUCUUGCUAAUGAUACUGUGGCAGAACAUCCAGCAAGACAACAACACCAGGCAGGAAAGGUAUCUUUUGGCAACAGAGAAACUCCUGAAGAGCAACGAGCUCGAUUGCAAACCCAGGCAUUACGGAUGAGAAUUCUGCGGCAAGAUGAAUCUGAAGAGGAGGGAUUAGCUAGGCUUCGAGAUCAAGCCUUGAGGCAAAAAGCUCUGGGGUACAAAGAAUCAGAAGCAGAAAAAUCAGCUAGACUUCUGGAACAGUCAUUACGGCAAAGUUCUCUGCGCAACGAGGAAUCGAAAGCAAAGAAAUUAGCUAGGUUACGCGAACAGGCUCUGCGGCAAAGUUAUCUGCGCAACGAGGAAUUGGAAGCCGAAAAAGUAGCUAGGCUGCGCGAACAGUCUCUACGGCAAAGAUGUCUUCGGAAUGAAGAAAUUGAAGUUGAAAAGCGGGCUCGACUUCAGGAUAAUUUAGUCCGUCAGGAAGAUUUACGCGACAACGAAUCUGAAGACAGUCAUUUUUCUCGACUUCAGGAUCAGUCAUCAUGCCAGGAAGUUGUACGUGGAAGGGAAACUGCAGAAGAAAGAAUAGAUCGCGCUAUCUCUGAUAGAUUUUGUUAUCAAGUCAAUGUGUUCGACGAAAUUGAGCAGGAAGGUCGCGUUGAUCACCCCGAGUACAUGGCUGAUUACAGAGCGACAGAGAAUAGAGAAGAAGCUGCUGCGCGGCGUGAAGAGAAUCGGUGUCGUAUGGAGUUACGGCGCGAACUUGAAGAGCAACGAGAGUGGGAAGACGAAGAAUUGCGAGCUAGGAAUGCACUUGAUCAUGGCGAAAUUGUUCCAAUUGAAAAUGAAGAAGACGAAGCUCUUCGUUUGCAGUUGAUGACUGAAUUUGACCGGCGUGGAAAUCCAAGAACUCAUCGGCAGGCUUGA